AUAUACGAGACAUGGAUCAGCUGCACAAGUUGCAAUAUUUAGCUGAUCUAUUUUGAUCAAAUUAUAGGUAUAGAAAUUGGAGCUAGCGUCGUCGAAUAGAAUGAACGUCGCAAGAACAAGCGCACUAAUGCACAACAGCACAGAAGAACCCAAUCGGCCCUUCAGCCUUCGGGAAGGAGGCCAGCCCGAGAUGCGGCGCAGGUCUGGAUCUUGGUCUGGUGCCAACGAGAGCGAGGAGGAACUAGAGGCAAUGAACUUAGCGAGAAACAACCGCCUGUUAAUCAACGACAGCACUGUCACCGAACACGGCAGCUCAGUUUCUCAGGCUGAGGAGAAAAUGCGGAGAAAGCUGCGUUUCUUCUUCAUGAAUCCGAUUGAAAAGUGGCAAGCCAAGAGAAGAUUCCCUUUUAAGUUCAUAGUUCAGCUUAUUAAGAUUGUCCUUGUCACAGCCCAAUUAUGGUGGUUUGCCAAAGGUCGAUACGGCCACAUCAACUACACUUGGGACAAUCGAAUUUCCUUUUCUCACCUUUUCCUUCGGGACUGGGACCCAAUGAGGGAGGUGGACACCUAUCCUCCUGCCACAGGUCCAAUGGCUCUCUACAAAAUUGACGAGUUUUUCGACACAAUCGAUUUCGCCGCUCUUGGAUAUGCAAACUUGACGAAUUCAAUCGGGCCUUACUUUUAUCCUACAAUAGACAACACUAUCACUCCUAUGGAGUUUUGCAUGAGGAACUACAAAGAAGGCAUCAUUUUUGGUUUCAACGAAAGCUAUGUUUUCAACAGUGAAAUUGUUGAGAGCUGUGUCAACUUGACUUUUCCUGUGAACGCAACUGAGUUUUCAAGUGCCGAAUACUUGAGCAAAAAGAAUGUCAGCAUCAAUUUUUCUGCGCUUGUCUCUGCCAGCUUGAACUUUGCGAUCAAGACAGUGAAUUUCAGAUCAGCUGGACCUAUUUCCCCGCCUGACUGCUACAGAUUUGAUAUAGAGAUUGAUUUUGACAAUUCAGAUCAUGAUGGCCAAAUGAUGCUCUCAUUGGACGCACAAGCAACUCGCCUCUAUUGCAAUGGAGUCGCCAAAUAUAAUUCUGACAAUAUGGUCGGGUCAGUUCUUCGCACCUUGAUGAACGUGACAGUCAUUGUAAUUUGCAGCAUUUCACUAAUCCUGUGCAGCAGAGCUUUGAUCAGAGCACAGCAACUGAAAUGGGAAACAGUGAGAUUCUUCAAAACCACUUACGGAAAAGAGCUUAGCUCCAAGGGCAAGAUGGAAUUCAUCAACUUCUGGUACAUCAUGAUCAUUGCGAAUGACCUUCUUAUCAUUUCUGGUUCUGCGAUCAAAGAAGAAAUCGAGAGAAAAGUACGGCAAUUUGGCGGCGAUCAGUGGAAUAUCUGCAGCCUUCUUCUUGGAACAGGAAACCUUCUGGUUUGGUUUGGCGUGCUCCGCUAUCUGGGAUUUUUCAAGACUUAUAAUGUAUUGAUCUUGACCCUCCAGAGAGCAGCACCGCGAGUGGCCAGGUUUUCCUUGUGCGCUCUUAUAAUUUACGCUGGAUUCACUUUUUGUGGGUGGCUCAUCUUAGGACCGUAUCACAUGAAGUUCCGCUCAUUGUCUACGACCUCUGAAUGCCUCUUCUCACUGAUUAACGGUGAUGACAUGUUCGCCACCUUCUCCAUUAUGUCUGAAAAAUCAAUGAUGCUUUGGUGGUUCAGUCGAAUCUACCUCUACCUAUUCAUCGCGCUCUUCAUUUACGUAGUGCUGAGCUUGUUCAUCUCGCUGAUUAUGGACGCUUAUGAGACAAUUAAGUGUUAUUACCAGGAAGGUUUCCCAAAGAGUGAUUUGAUGGAGUUUGUAUCGCAGUGCACGGAGCCACCCUCCAGUAACAGAUUCCGAACUGAUUCCUUCACCAAUGAUCUCACUGACCUGCUCAAAUGGCUCUGGUGCUGCCGAAGGAAUCCUGUGAUUGACGGUGAUGACGAGCCAAUCUUGCAGUAAAGAGGUACUAUUGUGGAACUUGCCAUUCCCAACUUGAUCUCUUCGUGCUACAGAAUCAAAAGUCAGAUCGCAGCUUUGAUGCUGAGAAAUCAGUCUUCAUGUGUCAUCAUACUUUUUAGACAAGAUAUAAUGAGACUGCAUCCUCAAUCCAUGUUGUGUACAAAAGUUAUGCUAGACUCCAUUUGCUGGUCAUGUUUUAUUUUCCUAAUUUUUAUCCUGUUAUAUUAAAUCGUUUUUAAAUUUGUUACAUAUGACGCAAGUAAGCAGAAUAUUAGUCUCCAUUAAAUAGUCCUAUGUUUUAAAUCUUAUCAGGUUGUGCAAUCAUUAAAAAGAUACAACGAUAUCAUUUCAUUGCGCCUAAUGUUAAACAUAAUUAACCACUCACAUUCCUCAUGUUAUUCAAUUAAAAAUAUUGUGCUGCUGAUUUGCUAUUUUUAUUACUUGUUUGCCAAAUGAUACAUAUUAAUAAUAAACAAACCUACAUCCUGAA